UCCAUUAGUUUCUGUACAUCAGCAAUUCCAGUGCAUCCGUGAGACCCAUCUCUCCCUUUCUAUUCAAUGUACGAGCGUUAGAAGUGGUGUAGUAAAGCGUGUUGCGACGACACGUAUGACGUUCACGUACUGGCGCUGUGACAAAUGGCACAAAUUCGCCUGCUCGGCUGCUCACGUUGUACUCGAGCGCCUGGUGCCAAGCUGCGCCUGCACGAUGCAAGACGGCACAAUUGUACCACGCCGUCGUUCGUCCCUCCGCUCGCCGGAAAAUGCGUGAUAUGAGCCAGGAACUGAAACAACUGUCUGGAUGGGCAACACCAUUCGGAAUCAACUUGGACGAGGCUGUAACCCUAGACAAGAGGAUAAACUACGUUCGCGGCAGUCAUGCAGUUGUUUUCCAGGGAACCUUACGCAACACAGGAACAAGGGUAGCAGUCAAGGUCCUGCGUUCCGGUCCCCCGGAGGACGAAGCCACCAUCAAGCGGGUUCUCGAAGAGGUGCAUCUCUGGUCCACACUGCACCACGAAAAUGUCCUCCCGCUGCUAGGAAUCAUUACUACAUAUGAUCUUACGGUGUCGCUGGUGGUUAAGUGGGUCGAGAGGGGCGAUGCACAUGCCUAUGUCCAGGAUUCGAACGUCGACCCCCGCCCUUUGCUGUUAGGCGUCGCUCGUGGACUUCAAUACUUGCACGAGUUUCAAUCUAAACCAGUGGUUCACGGAGGUCUCAAGGGGUCCAACAUACUAAUAUCUGAGCAAGGGCAUGCGCUCCUAACAGAUUAUGGACUCCCUCAUCUGCUUCAUGGUUCUUUCAGCAUGUCAAUCAGUGCCCCCAGUUUAAGCGCUUUGAAUUGGACGGCACCAGAAAUUUUGGAAUCUGAUGAACAAGAGAUAACCAUGCCAGGGGAUGUUUGGGGAUUCGGAAUGACUGCAUUUGAACUAUUCACCCGUCAAAUUCCCUUCUCUGAUCGCCGAAGUUUUCAGAGCAUCAAACAACGUGUUUCGGAAGGUCCACCAGAGCGUCCAGAUACGAAAAGCACAUACGAUCGCAUGACGGAUGAAUGGUGGUCAAUUUGUACGUCGUGUUGGUGCAGCGAUGCGUCGUCUCGUCCGAAAGCAUCGGGCCUGGUCUCUGAGGUUGAACGAGCACUCGAGACCAUGCGCAGGGAACAUCACGUUUCGCUGUCCAGCACGGAAUGUUCGGAACAUGUCGCAGACCAAGAAGCUAAGUCGGCCCGUAGUUUAACUGUCAGCGAUACCGAAAGGCGCCCACUCGAGGUACCCGAAGGGAGCAUAUUUUCCUUCAUACGCAAGACGCUCUCAGCAAUAUUUUUGCGUGCAGGAGACAAAAGUACGACGUAGCUGGUGUUUCUUGGACUUCUUUCAUUGCUUCGCACGUAGCUUGUAAGCACAGUUGAGGCCUGUAACUUAAACGCGCUUCUUCCUGGCUUGAACAUGUUUUUUCUUCUUCAGUUUGACAACAUCGGAAAGGUUAGAAUAUUAGCCCUGAUACAUCACCGCCAGUGAAGUCAAAGGCCCAGGCCCAGGCGCGGGCCCCAUUUGAGGGUAGGAAAACGCCAGAUGUUACAUGUCGCGUCCCAUCAUUUUCAGAUGAGAUCCUUGAUGGAUAGAAGAGCAACUGAGAUAUCGUCGCUGAGAAGAGUGAAGUUUGCCUGGGUGGAAACCGAAUCAAUCCGACAUGCGGUCGGAAAACUGCCUCACCCACAUAACCUUAAGUGAAAGAAAAGUGAGGAUGCCCAGCUCGUGGAACGGACC